AUGUCGCGUUUUCGGCGUCCGUUACUCACGGAGGAGGAGCGCGAGUCUAUGAGCGAGAAACUCACCUCGAGCGUCCCACCGGCGCUGACUCUCUGGCACAUUGCGCAGAUGGAGGAUGAGUGUGAAAGACUACCAGUAUCCCAGAACAUAGAGAUCAGUCGAGGUCCCUUCGGAGUUUUCAGGAUACCUCAGUCACCAGCAAAACCUGUCAAAGAUUUGCCUAUGUCUAGCCCCGAGUCGGACUUCUCAGUUGUUGCUACCGCGGAAUCCACCCAAGGGAUAUUUGAGGACAUUCCCGAGGAAGCUGAUGAAGAAUUCUUGGCACCGCCCGAAGAUCCGCCAUUGACAAAGAUCCCAUCACCCUUAGGGCCGGGCUUGGAAAGAUUGGGUCAACGACAGCUGAGUCCCAUGACAGAGUGGUGGAACAUGAAUGAAUGGUGGAACAUGAGCGACCUACCAAGUGUAGGAAACUGGUGGGACACACCGGUAGACUUGGAUCGAGUCCGAGACAUUACCGACAUCACUUUCUCAGGACUUCAACAGUCACCUAGGGCACUGAUCACGCCACAAGACACAUGUCUCUCCAAUGUCUUCCAAGAAACACAGGCCCAGCAACUAGCAACACCAGAAAGCUCCUCCAUACCUCCCACCAUAGACUGUAACGUGCCUCACGAUGCAGUCUUCUUGCUCAAACACUACUCUACCACAGUCCUUAGGGGCUUCACGCCCUUCCGCCACAGCAAAACUCCGUGGCAUAUUCUGUUCAUCCCCUACGUUAAGAGUUGCCUGGCUGCUCUAACCCUCGGUGAGGAUAUGGACCACGCCAGCCUUACUGCUUUCUACGGCACACUAGCCAUCAGCGCAUCGAGUCUCGGCGGCAUUUCCAACUCUCGAAAGUGGAGCGAGCAAGCCAAGAGUUACAAACAACGAGCACGUCAGCACGUCCGGCUCAUGCUCCAGACAGCCUACAAUGUGCCCAAGACAGCCAAGUAUAAGUCCAUCUUGAUAGCAAUCUUGACAAUGGUCCAGAUCUCCAGUGUAUCUGGGAACCGAGAUCAAGCGGAGUGCUACUUGCUCGAGGCAGAGAAGUUUAUCCGCGUCAAAGGCCUCAACCGCAAGAAGUCCCGAAAGGUUCGGCUACUCCACCACUGCUACGCCUUUGAGCGUUUGCUACACGAGAGCACAUUCCCUGGCAGCAUCCAGUCUGAGCACCGCAAACAUGUCCGCAAGGCUAUUGAAGCGAGCAACGCAAGCUCCUACAGCCUCGACAGCUUGUCGUUCCGAUUAACAGAAUGGGUCAAUCUCGACCAAGAAAUGCAGAGAAUCAAGGACCAGGACGUCGGCGAGAACGACUUGCACCUGCAGAUACCCGGUAUAUGGACCGCCACGCUGUACCCGGAAAUCUUUGGGAUACCCGAGAUCCACGUCUUUCUACUCUCCCUCGUCAUCCGGUUAGGGAGAGCAAAGGACGAUGAAAUGUUCUCUGAUGCAACCGGCCUGAAGGAGUUCAUGAGCCGCGCAAAGUCUGUCGAGAAGUGCAUCCACCAGCUCAAGCGGAAACCCAGCCACGUGGUGGCAGACGGGUUGAUCACGGAUCCCGAGCUGCAGCAUUGCCAGCAGCUACUUGACAACCUUGCGCAAGCCAUGCAACUGGCAUUGGCUAUUUAUUUCUAUCGGAAGGUAUACGACGUGGAGGCAGACAUGCUGCAGGACAAGGUGAUAGGCGUUCGUGACUGCUUGCUCCGGUUCGAAGCGACCGAGUCGGAGAUGGGGUAUGGCUCGGCCAGACUCGUGUGGCCUGCCUUCAUUGCCGCGAGUGAGGCGGAGGCUCCGGAGGUGCGGAUGUCGUUUAGUCAAUGGUUCAAGGAUUGGGCGCGUCGGAGCGGUCUUCAGAUCUUCAGUGACUCGUUGGCGGACAUCGAGAGGCGUUGGGAGGGGAAGCGAGGAUCGGAGGCAGCAAAGGUAGAUUAUGUCUUGACGUAG